AUGGGAGAAGGAAGGGCUUGUGGUAACCUUGGCAACGCUUAUGACAGUCUGGGGGAUUUCAAAAAAGCCAUUGAGUACCAUAAACUGCAUCUAAAAAUUGCCAAGGAAGUGGGAGACAGAGGUGGAGAAGGAAAGGCUUAUGAAAACCUUGGCAACGCUUAUGAUAGUCUGCUGGAUUUCAAAAAAGCCAUUGAGUGCCAUGAACGCCAUCUAAAAAUUGUUAAUGAAGUGGGAGACAGAGAUGGAAAAGGAAGGGCUUUUGGAAACCUUGGCAACACUUAUGGUAGUCUGGGGGAUUUCAGAACAGCCAUUUACUACCAUGAACGCCAUCUACGAGUCAAAAAAGAAGUUGGAGACAGGGCUGAAGAAGGAAGGGUUUAUGGUGAACUUGGCAAUGCAUAUGACAGUCUGGGGGAUUUCAAAAAAGCCAUUGACUACCAUGAACGCCAUCUACAAAUUGCCAAAGAAGUGAGAGACAGGGCUGAAGAAGGAAGGGCCUAUGGUAACCUUGGCAACGGUUAUUACGGACUGGGGGAUUUCAAGAAAGCCAUUGAGUACCAUGAACUGCAUCUAAAAAAUUCCAAAGAAGUGAGAGACAAAGCUGGAGAAGGGAGUGCCUAUUGUAACCUUGGCAACGCUUAUGAAAGAUUGGGUGAUUUCAAAACAGCCAUCGACUACCAUGAACACCAUCUAAAAAUUGCCAAAGAAGUAGGAGACAGAGCUGGAGAAGGGAGGGCUUAUGGAAUCCUUGGCAAGGCUUUUGAUAGCCUAGGGGAUUUCAAAAAAGCCAUUGAGUACCAUGAACAGCAUCUAAAAAUUGCUAAAGAAGUUGGAGACAGAGUUACAGAAGGAAGGGCUUACGAAAAGCUUGGCAACGCUUAUCAUAGUCUGCUGGAUUUCAAAAAAGCCGUGGAGCACCAUGAAAGCCAUCUAAAAAUUGUCAAUGAAAUAGGAGACAAGGCUGGAGAAGAAAGGGCUUGUGGAAACCUUUACAACGCUUAUUAUGUUCUGGGGGAUGUCAUACAAGCUACUUCGUACCGUGAACGCCGUCAAAAACUUGCAGCAGAAAUGGGAGAGAAAGCUGAAGAAGGAGGGGCCUCCGGUAAUCUUGUCAACGCUGAUCAUAGUCUGGAGGAUCUGAAAACAGCCGCUGAGUACCUUGAGCGUCAUCUAAAAAUCGCCAAAGAAGUGGCGGACAGAGCUGGAGAAGGAGGGGCUUCUGGAAACCCUGGCAACACUUCUGAUAAUCAAGAGGAUUUCAAAAAAGGCAUCGAACACCAUGAACAGGGUCUAAAAAUUGCUAAGAAACUGCGAGACAGACAUGGAGAAGGAAGUGCAUAUGAAAAGCUUGGCAACGCUUAUCAUAGUCUGGUAGAUUUCAAAAAAGCCCUUGAGCACCAUGAACUCCAUCUACAAGUUGUCAAUGAAAUGGAAAACAGAGCUGGAGAAGAAAGGGCUUAUGGAAACCUGUGCAACACUUAUGAUAGUUUAGGGGAUUUCGAAAAUGCCAUUCACUACCAUGAACGCCAUCUACAAAUUGCCAAAGAAGUGGGAGACAGGAGUGAAGAAGGAAAGGCUUGUGGUAACCUUGGCAACAAUUAUGACUGUCUUGGGGAUUUCAAUAAAGCCAUUGAGUACCAUGAGCUGCAUCUAAAAAUUGCCAAAGAACUGGGAGACAUAGCUGGGGAAGGAAGGGCAUAUGAAAACCUUGGCAACGCUUAUGGUAAUCUACUGGAUUUCAUAAAAGCCAUUGAAUGCCAUGAACGCCAUCUAAAAAUUGUCAAUGAAGUGGGAGACAGAGCUGGAGAAGGAAGGGCGUAUGGAAACCUUGGCAACACUUAUGAUAGUUUAGGGUAUUUCGAAAAUGCCAUUCACUACCAUGAACGCCAUCUACAAAUUGCCAAAGAAGUGGGAGACAGGAGUGAAGAAGGAAAGGCUUGUGGUAACCUUGGCAACAAUUAUGACUGUCUUGGGGAUUUCAAUAAAGCCAUUGAGUACCAUGAGCUGCAUCUAAAAAUUGCCAAAGAACUGGGAGACAUAGCUGGGGAAGGAAGGGCAUAUGAAAACCUUGGCAACGCUUAUGGUAAUCUACUGGAUUUCAUAAAAGCCAUUGAAUGCCAUGAACGCCAUCUAAAAAUUGUCAAUGAAGUGGGAGACAGAGCUGGAGAAGGAAGGGCGUAUGGAAACCUUGGCAACACUUAUGAUAGUUUAGGGUAUUUCGAAAAUGCCAUUCACUACCAUGAACGCCAUCUACAAAUUGCCAAAGACGUGGGAGACAGGGUUGAAGAAGGAAGGGCUUGUGGUAACCUUGGCAAUGCUUUUGAUAGUCUAGGAGACUUCAAAACAGCCGUCGACUACCAUGAACUGCAUCUAAAAAUUUCCAAAGAAUUGAGAGACAAAACUGGAGAAGGGAGUGCCUAUUGUAACCUUGGCAACGCUUAUGGAAGACUGGGUGAUUUCAAAAAAGCCAUCCACUACCAUGAACGGCAUUUGAAAAUUACCAAAGAAGUGGGGGACAGAGCUGGAGAAGGGAGGGCUAAUGGAAACCUUGGCAAUGCUUUUGACAGUCUGGGGAAUUUCAAAACAGCCAUUGAGUACCAUGAACGCCAUCUACAAAUUGCCAAAGAAGUGGGAGACAGGAUUGAAGAAGAAAGGGCUUAUGGUAACCUUGGAAAUGCUUUUGAUAGUCUGGGGGAUUUCAAAACAGCCAUCGCCUACCAUGAACGCCAUCUACAAAUUGCCAAAGAAAUGGGAGACAGGAUUAAGGAAGGAAGGGCUUAUGGUAACCUUGGCAACGCUUAUGACAAACUGGGAAAUUUCAAAAAAGCUAUCAAGUACCGUACGAUGCGUCUAAAAGUCUCCAAAGAAGUGAGACACAAAGCUGGAGAAGGGAGUGCCUAUUGUAACCGUGGCAAUGUUUACGAAACACUGGGUGAUUUCAAAACAGCCAUCAACUACUAUGAACGGCAUCUAAAAACUGCCAAAGAAGUGGGAGACAGAGCUGCAGAAGGGAGGGCUUAUGGAAACCUUGGCAACGCUCUUGAUAGUCUGGGGGAUUUCGAAACAGCCAUCGACUACCAUGACCACCCUCUAAAAAUUGCCAAAGAAGUAGGAGAGAAUGCUGGAGAAGGAGAGGCUUACCGUAAUCUUGGCAAUGCUUAUCAUCGUCUGAGGGAUUUCAAAACAGCCAUUCAGUACCACGAACGUCAUCUAGAAAUUGCCAAGGAAGUGGGAGACAGAGCUGGAGAAGGGAGUGCCUAUUGUAACCUUGGCAACGCUUAUGAUAGUCUGGGGGAUUUCAAAACAGCCAUGGAGUAUCAUAAACGCCAUCUAGAAAUUGCCAAAGACGUGGGAGAAAAAGCUGGAGAAGGAAGGGCUCAUGGAAACCUUGGCAAUGCUCAUGAUAGUCUGGGGGAUUUCAAAAGCCAUUGACUACUAUA